GUUCAAAAGUGACAUCACGUUGGUAGCUUUUCUGGUUAGAGGAAAACAUUGAAACCAACUUGCGAGAUUAAUGUCUUGAGUUGUCUGUGCUCGUGAUGUUAACCUUGCGGGGCCCGAAAUAUGAGGCGCUUGGUAUUUUAAUGUUGUUUGAAGACUACGAAUUUAAUGUUUCUGACAGGUUCCAGAUGCAAUAAGUGUAUUUUCCUUGGUUUCUAACGGUUUUAAUUUUAAGUACAGUAGUUGCAGGGCGGGUAGGAUGGAAAAUGGAAAAGGCCAAGAGUACAAAGAAAAAGAGGAGCUGGCUAGAGCUGAGCACGAGUUGUGUGAAGUUGAGGUCCAGUUGCACAAUUUGAGUGAUAGAAGAAAACUGCUUCUGGAAAGAAUAGGAAAGCUGAAAGAUUCAAUUUUACUAAAACAGAAUCAUGUACUCACCAGCCGUGAUUGGUCAAGUACUGAUUUCCCAUGGUCUGGCAAAGUGACAGAGGUGCUGAAUUCAGUCUUCAAAUUGGAUGGGUUUCGCCCAUUACAGCAUGAAACAAUCAAUGCAGUUUUGUCCAACGAAGAUGUUAUUCUUAUAAUGCCUACAGGAGGUGGAAAAAGUCUCUGCUAUCAGCUUCCAGCUCUUGUUAAAAGUGGUGUCACCUUGGUAAUAUCCCCUUUGGUUUCCCUGAUGGAAGAUCAGCUGUUGGCGCUUAAAGCACUUAAUGUGCCUGCAGCCAUGUUUAGUGCUGCAAGCAAUAAGGAAGAGGUGAACUCUAUCCAAGAUGCCAUGUUGAACAAGAAUGCUAAACUAAAGCUGCUGUAUGUAACACCUGAAAAGCUGGCCAAAAGUAAGCGUUUCAUGACAAAGGUGCAGAAAAUGUAUGGACUUGGCCGUCUGUCUCUCAUUGCUAUUGAUGAAGUCCAUUGUUGUUCCCAGUGGGGUCAUGAUUUUCGCCCAGACUACAAGUUCCUUGGUGUACUGAAAGGGAUGUUUCCAGAUGUACCUGUUCUAGGACUCACUGCUACUGCUACUUCCAAAAUCACAAUAGAUGUUCAGAAGAUGUUACGCAUUCAGGGCUGUCUAGUAUUGAAAGCAUCCUUUAACAGGCCAAAUCUCUACUAUGAGGUGCGAACAAAGGCCUCAUCUCAAGAAGAAUGUCUUAAAGAACUGGAAGAGCUGUUGAAGACUCGUUACUGUGAUCAGUCUGGAAUCAUAUACACCACUUCUAUCAAAGACUGUGAGCAGUUGAUGCAUGAACUUAGAAAGAGAAAACUUCGAGUAGGUUGUUACCAUGCCAACCUAGAAGCCAAAUUCCGAAGUGAAGUUCAUGCUAAGUGGCUCAGUGGUGAACAUCAGGCUGUGGUUGCUACAAUUGCAUUUGGCUUGGGCAUUGACAAACCUGAUGUUCGAUUUGUGGUUCAUCAUUCCUUAUCCAAAUCAAUGGAAAAUUUUUAUCAGGAGAGUGGGCGUGCGGGUCGAGAUGGCUUGCGUGCUGAAUGCAUCCUGAUGUAUCGCUUGUCGGAUGUGUUCAAACUCAGUUCUAUGGUGUUCACCCAACAGACUGGCCGACAGAAUUUGUACAACAUUGUUGAAUACUGUUUGGAUGCAUACAGAUGCAGACGUGCUAUUAUAGCAUCACAUUUUGAUGAAGUAUGGAAGAGUCAAGACUGUAAUGCAAUGUGUGAUCAUUGUUGCAACCUAAAGGAACGAAAAGAGAUGAUUAUUACUCCAUUUUGUCAAGCAUUCUAUCAGUUGAUCUCAAAUGCUGCUGCAAAUGAUAUAAAAUUGACAGCACAGAAGUUGUUAGAUGCAUGGUACGGGAAGGGAGCUGUAAAUUUGCGUGUCAGAUCUGUCCCAGUGCCUAGUUUCUCUCGAGAGAGAGGGGAGGCUGUUCUUGGUCAUCUACUAAUCAAGGGAUACUUGCAAGAGGAUUUCCAUUUCACACCCUACAGUACCAUCAGCUAUUUGAAGAGAGGUCCUAAGGCAGCUGCAGCCAUGUCAGAUAAACAUAAUAUUACAAUGCAUAUUAGUGGGAAAAGUGUACCAACUUUGUCAGAACAAAGCCACAACACUGCAGGAAAUACUAAAGUGACAUUAAGCAGCAAAUGUUUUAUUCAAUCUCCAAAAAUAGAAACAUAUAAGAAAGUGAAAAAGUCUGAUGGUCUUGAAAUGAUGUGUGUAUCAAAGGCUGAAGUCUUGAAUCUAACAUUAGAUACUGAUGAUAAAAUUCAGGUUCAUGGUGCUAGAAAAAGGAACUCACAGAAGAGGAAAGUAAUUGUACUUGAUAGUGAUUCAGAUAAUUAACUGAGUUCUAACUUAAUUCUGUUCAUAUUUCCUCUUUGUUUUGUAUUAGCCAUUUGUAGACGGUGAGAAGUGUCAUCAUGGAUGAUGCGGUGAUUAUGAGAAUGAUUAUUGUCAGAGGGUGAACCUUGAAACAUGAUGGGACCUGGUAUUCUUCAAAGAUUUAUCUUUGGAAGAGGUGAAGGUUUCAAUCUGUGAACAGAAAAAUCAACAUACGUAUCUGGUCUGGGAUGAAAUGCAGAACAUUGUGAACAAGAGAAGAAGCAUCUUACCCAGACACCAGCAGACCUCUAUGUUGCAGGAGUGUCACUUGGAUAAAUGAGUGAAAUAAACAGUUAGAGUUUCUGCCCACUUUUCCCUUCUCUUUUACCUGAAGAUGAUGAACAGAGUUUUAAAGAUCAGUUUUACAUAUGUUAAUGACCAUCAUCAGAAACCAUCAGGCUUCUAUUGUUGAAAGAUCUUUUGCAAUGCAAGAGUUGAAUAAUGGCUUUCCUACUGCACUAUUUGUAAGCAUCUUGGUAUCUGGAAGCAUGGGGCCAUGUAACCAAGGUGUCUAACACUAAACUGUGCUGCUGUAUAUUUUGUGUAUUUGCAGGACUGGCUGUACCACACGGUUUGCACAACUUGCUUUAAUAAAUGGAUAUUCCAUACA